AUGAAAUCUUCUCUCAUCUUCGCAGCUAGCUCCCUUCUCGGGUCCGCUCUGGCUGGGGUCCACAGGGCACCGUUGAAGAAGAUCCCGCUGACGGAGCAGCUUGUAAGUUUGCCCCAGUUUAGCCCGCUUUCCUGUUUCCUUUGUUUUGGGGGCUUCCUAACUAACAAUCACUCUUGAAUCUCUAGUCUCACCAUGACAUUAGCACCCAAAUGAAGGCCCUCGGCCAAAAGUACAUGGGAAUCCGCCCAGAAAAGAUUGGAGAGGAAAUGUUCAAGACUCAAGAAAUUAAAACUGAUGAUGGCCACCCAGUCCCAGUUACCGUAAGUACCUUAGUUCGUGUUCGCCCGGGCCAGGCUAAUAUUUCGCGUGUAGAACUUCCUGAAUGCUCAGUGUAGGUUCCGAAUUGAGCCCGACUAAAUGUACAAAAUCCUUAUUAAUACUUGGUAGACUUUUCGGAAAUCACCAUCGGAACCCCCCCUCAAAACUUCAAGGUUGUUCUUGACACCGGAAGUUCUAACCGUAUGUUACUUUCCUGCGGUGAUCCAAGCAUAGUUCUUAUUGAGAUGCAGUUUGGGUUCCCUCUUCCCAGUGCGGUUCGAUCGCUUGCUACCUGCACAGCAAGUACGAUUCGACAAGCUCAUCGACCUAUAAGGCGAACGGUACUUCUUUCGAGAUCCGCUACGGCUCUGGAAGUCUGAGUGGCUUUGUCUCCCAAGACAACGUAGAAAUUGGUGACCUUAAAAUCAAACAUCAGAAUUUUGCUGAGGCAACUUCUGGUAAGCUCUGACGCUGUCCACGUCCUCUUGGAUUUCGUGUCUAAUUGUUGAACAUACAGAGCCUGGUUUGGCUUUUGCUUUCGGCCGGUUCGAUGGCAUUUUGGGACUUGGGUAUGACUCAAUCUCGGUCAACCACAUUGUUCCUCCCUUCUACGAGAUGAUCAAUCAGGGCCUUCUUGACAAGCCUGUUUUUGCUUUCUACCUUGGUGGUAAGGGUGAUGAGAGUGAGGCUAUUUUCGGUGGCAUCGAUGAGGACCAUUACGAGGGCAAGCUCAUUAAGCUUCCUGUCCGCAGAAAGGCUUACUGGGAAGUCGAGUUCGAGGCUAUAACCUUUGGAAAGUCGACUGCUCAAUUCGAGAACACCGGAGCCAUUGUCGACACUGGAACCUCUCUGUAAACUUUCCCGCUUCCCCGGGGCUUGAUCCAUCCGCUAACCUAUGGCAGCAUCGCGCUCCCAUCCACCCUGGCUGAGCUCUUGAAUAAGGAGAUUGGAGCCAAGAAGGGUUUUAAUGGGCAGUACAGCGUUGAGUGCGAGAAGCGCGACUCACUCCCAGAUCUCACCUUUACCCUUACUGGUAUGUGUGAUCGCUAUCUUGUCUCGUUCUGAUUACUGAUAACGGGCCGCAGGCCACAACUUUACCAUCACCGCCUAUGACUACAUUCUUGAGGUUCAGGGUUCGUGUAUCAGUGCCUUCAUGGGUAUGGACUUCCCCGAGCCCAUAGGACCCCUUGCCAUCUUAGGUGAUGCAUUCUUGCGAAAAUACUACUCCGUUUAUAACCUAGGUGAUAACACCGUCGGUCUUGCUAAGGCCAAGUAAGCCAAGUCUGUUUAAUGGGCGCCUGUGAAGAUGGAUGGAGCUGAAUGCGUUUGCAUGGUAUUGGGAAUGGGUCUCGGUCUGGCGAGUUGUUAUUUGUUUUCUGAGUUUCAAUUUUUGUUUUGCUCAGGAGAGUUUUUCGUACACUGCUUUUGCGCCCAAAUGUUUUUUUUUAUGGCAGUAUUUUUCUUUGUCUGGGGACUUUGAACUUCUGAGGCUGCCCGCUACGGCAUGUUUUCUACGAAAUUGAUAUUUAAUCCGCAUUUGACUCG